GACGCUAAGGACAUGUAUGUAUAUACAGUGUAUGUAUUUGUGCUGUGAUUGAAUCAUGAAUAAAUAAUUUCCCAAGAGCUGAGCCAAACUAGUGGGUCGUAACCCCCGCGGCAAACACAGGUGAUACCAAGACAACAAACAGACUUAUCUGUGUAACAAGCAAACAAGAGGGCAAAGUUAUUCCAUUUGGCAGGAAUUGAACAAAAAAAAGUCUCUUUGUGGGAGGGGUUAUUAUUGCAGGUUGGGGGUAGAUAAUCCUCCCUACCCCCCCCCCCCAAAAAAAAUAAGCAGCUCACAGAGAUUCACCGACCCUGCAGCUCAGAAGACAAGCGCUCGGCUGUUCUGCUGUUCCAUGUCCUCUGAACCCCGGCUGCAAUGAUUUGGCUAAAUGUCGCCCUGCUGCUGGCACUGCACGGGUAUUGCCUGUGCCAAGAAAAAACGUACCUUGUCACGGGGCCCAGAACUUGGAGGAUAGGAGCUUUGGAGACGGUGGUGGUGCAAGCGUUUGGCCAGCAUGGAGAUUUCUCAAUAAGGAUUAAUCUGCUCAGUUACCCGGAUAAAAAGAUCACUUACGCAACUCAACACCUCGUGCUGAAUAAUGGCAACAAUUACCAGGGGCUGGUGAAGCUAAUGAUCCAACCCCAGGACUUCCCGAAACACAGCGCUUCCGACCCGAUGCCGUUUAUUUACCUGCAGGCGCUGUCCAACGCUUUCAACAAAGAAGAGCAAGUUCCAGUCUCCUACAGGAAUGGAUUCCUCUUCAUUCAAACCGACAAGCCGUUUUAUACCCCAGACCAGUCCGUGAAGAUCAGAGUUUACUCUAUGGACGAAGAGUUAAAACCAGGAAGAAGGAAAGUCGUAUUAACGUUUAAGGAUCCAGAAGAAGUGAAGGUGGAUACUAUAGAAGAAGACGAUUUAACGGGAAUUAUUUCCUUCCCUUAUUUCAAGAUACCAGCCAACCCAAAAUUCGGCAUGUGGAGCAUUGAGGCCGCCUACGGGAAGGAUUUCACUACUUCUGGCACCGUGAAAUUUGAAGUGAAAGAAUACGUUUUGCCAAAGUUUUUGGUUUCGAUAGAACCGGAGCAGAACUUCAUCUGCUAUGACAAGUUUACGGAGUUUUACAUCACAGUGAGGGCGAGAUACUAUUAUGAGAAACUGGUUGAAAAUGCAAAAGUCUACAUUCGUUAUGGGCUAAUCCAAGAUGGCGAACGAAAGAUGUUGCCUAAGUCCAUUGAUCUGCUGACGAUGAACAACGGAGAAAGCGUCUUCCAGCUGAAUAGCCAAAAGGCACUGCAAGAACUGGGAUACUCAUCCUUGGAAGAAGUCGCCGGAUCUUAUUUGUACAUAACCGUGUCUGUUGAGGAGUCCACAGGCCGCGUGGAGGAAAGUGAAAAUGCCGACGUCAAGUUCGUUUUAAGCCCCUACACCUUGAAGCUGGUCGGGACCCCUCUCUUCGUGAAGCCGACGUUACCGUAUUAUAUCAAGGUCCAACUAAGAGACACGUUGGACAAACCUGUGGGAAACAUUCCUCUAACCCUGUCUGGGGAUAUGGUGAAAGAAGACGGAUCCCCGGAAGACUUGAUCAUUCAGCAACAGAGGAUUAGUACGGACAGGAAUCUUGGCAUCGGCCUGUUCAUCUUAAAUAUCCCAUCCGAUAUAGUGUCUCUGGAUUUCACAAUAAAGACAGACGAUAGCAGCCUCCCAGAGGAAAACCAGGCGACAGCUACUCACGUGGCAGUUUCUUACCAGUCGCUUACCAAGAGUUAUCUGUAUAUUAACUGGGCCAGAGAAAGAGAAGUUCUGCAUGUCAACAACUUCCUAAAUGUCCAAUUAGUUCCUAACAGCCCGUACAUUGCCAAGCUGAAUCAUUACAGCUACCUGGUCAUAUCAAAGGGGAAGAUAUUACAGUUUGGAACAGUACCAAGAGUGCCGGGUUCCAAUUCUCAGAGCCUGAACCUUCACAUAACAGCAGAUAUGGUUCCCUCUGUGCGCCUCUUAGUUUACUACAUUGUCACUGGAGAUGCCACCGCUGAGCUGGUUGCCGACUCCAUCUGGGUGGAUGUGGUGGAGAGUUGUGUCAAUCAUCAAAGCGUGCAAUUGUCCAAAAGGGAAAAUAUCAUGAAACCUGGACAGACGUUUUCCCUGAAGAUUUCAGCUCUGCCAAAGUCAUUGGUGGCCUUAUCUGCAGUCGACACGGCUCUAUAUGACGUGGGGAAAAGGUUCCAGAGGCCUUUGGAAACAGUUCUAAGGAAGAUCGAAGAGAGUGACCUCGGCUGUGGGGCUGGAGCCGGGGAGAACAACGCGGAUGUAUUUAGACUGGCCGGCCUUACAUUCCUGACUAAUGCUAACAUACAAGCUUCUCAAAAAUACGCACUGAAGUGCAAUGAAGUUUUAAGGCCUAAACGGUCGUUUAAUUUCAAAGAUGAAGUAGACAAGAAAGCCAGCACAUAUACAGACAGAAACAUGAAGAAAUGCUGUUAUGAUGGUGUGAAAUGUUUUCGGGACGAAAAUGAUUGUGCAGCUGGAAUCAACAGAGUCUCAAAACGUUACAGCAAAAAGUGCAUCAACGCUUUCGAAGUUUGCUGCUUGUUCGCAAAAAGUCUACAGGAAAAGAUGGACGCACAAAUCCAAGAUGUUGGAAUGGGAAGAAUGUAUCUCCGAACUGUUUUUGAUAUCGAUGAACCUCAGAUCCGAAGUUACUUCCCAGAGAGCUGGAUGUGGGAGGAGCAUUUGCUUGAUAAUCGCGGUGAGAAAACGUUAUCGGUGACUCUUCCAGAUUCUCUGACCACAUGGGAAUUUCAAGGCGUCGGCAUGUCCGAUAAAGGUCUCUGCGUGGCUGAUCAGUUCAAAGUGACGGCGUUUAAAGACUUCUUCAUAGAUGUUCAGCUGCCGUAUUCCAUUGUGCGGGGGGAGCAGAUCCAGAUCAAAGUUGUGGUCUUUAAUUACAGGAAUAGUGAUGCUAAGGGUUGUGUGACGGUGUCGGUGGGAAAAGAGAUUUGUCUGUUCAGUGACACAUCCCCCAGGAGUGGGUCAAGAGAAUGUUACAAACACACCCUCUCCGCCACAUCACUGACCCCUUUUACCUUCAGCCUCCUGCCCCUGGAAGUGGGGCUCCACCCUAUCUCCUUCACCCUCAGCUCUUCCAGCCAGGAGACCGUCAAGAAAACAUUACGAGUAGUGCCAGAAGGUAUUAAGAAAGAACGGAAUGCGGGAUUUACACUGGAUCCCCAGGGCAUUCGCGGUGUCGCACGAAGACGUCAAGAAAUAAGCUAUAAAAUCCCAUCAAACAUUGUGCCAAAAUCAAAAGUCAGCCGGAUUCUAUCUAUUAGCGGAAACAUUCUGGGUGAAGUCAUCAACACCGUCGUGAAAUCCGAAGGAAUCAACUACCUGGUCAGUCUCCCGAAGGGCAGCGCCGAGACUGAGCUCAUGAGGGUGGUCCCUAUAUUUUACGUGUACCACUAUCUGGAGACGAACAAGCGAUGGGAUCUGUUGGGGACCAACAUCUUGGCUGCACAGAUUGACAUGCAGAGAAAGAUGAGGGAUGGUGUAAACAGUAUCCUGUCAUUCAGAGGGAAAGAUUUCUCCUAUAGUAUUUGGAAGGAGGGGAAACCAAGUGCAUGGUUAACUGCUUUUGCCUUGAAAAUCUUUGGGGAGAUGGAAAAAUAUGUAUACGUCAAUAAAAUGUCGGUGUGUAACAGCAUUACCUGGUUACUGGACAAAUGCCAGCUGAGAGACGGCUCUUUCAUAGACCAGUCGGGCUACCAACCCGGGAAGCUGCAGGGCACCGUACCCAGCGAAUCAGAAGAAAGAAGCUUAUAUCUCACAGCCUAUGUGUUUAUCGGGAUUCAGAAAUCCUUUCACAUGUGCCCUCUGGAGGAAGUGAAAGAGGGUUUGAGAAGAAGCGAGGAGUAUUUGUCUAAAAACAUCAGAAGAGCCAAGAGCACCUUCACUCUGGCUAUCAUGGGCUAUGCCCUGGCAAGUUGGGACGUGUCUUUGGCCAGUGUGAGAUACGUCAAAGGGGCCCUGGAAAGGGAAGCCUACGUCAUCGAAUCAGGCGAUCUCCCUAUUCAGCGAUACUGGAAAGAUUCUCUCAAAAAAGUGGAUGCCACCACCCCAAGUGUUGAGACCGCUCGCAUGGUGGAAACAACGGCCUACGCUCUACUCAUGUACCUGAAACUGGCACUGAAAGACUAUUAUAACCCAGUGGUGCGCUGGCUGAAGGAGCAACAGAGAUACGGCGGCGGCUUUUACUCAACCCAGGACACAGCCAUUGCCCUUGAAGCUCUGACUGAGGUUUCCAUUGUGGAUAAGAAGCUCACAUUAAACAUGGGUGUCCAGGUGUCCUACAAGAAAUCUGGAGACUUCAAGAAUUACAGACUGACAGAGACAUCGUCUUUCACGAGGCCAGAAGAGGUGCCCCUUCCAGAAGAUAUCAUCGUAUCCACGUCUAGUGCCAACGGGAUUGCUUCAGUGCAUGUACAGACUGUCUACAACAUCAUCAGCCCGCCGCAGGAAAAAUGCCGGUUUGAUCUCAGAAUUGGGAAAAAGCUGAACUGGAAGCCCAGACAGUCCAUAUUCGAUUCGGAGAGGUUCGGAGUGAUUCCCGUGGAAGCCUGUGCAAGGUAUAAAGCUGCUGAUAACGACCCGUCUAUAUCCGGCCAUGCUGUAAUGGAAAUCACCAUGGUUACAGGCUUAACCGUCGAUGAGAACGAAUUAGAAGAGCUGAUGCAGAGGGUGGAUCAGUUCGUCACCGCUUAUGAUCUGGAGAAUGGAAAAGUCAUGCUGCAUUUCGAUGGGAUCCCAUCCGACGAAUACGUCUGCGUCACUUUGCUGGCGUGGGAGCAGUUUAAAGUGGCCGUGUUAAGCCCGGGGAUUUUCAGUGUUUAUGAAUUUCAUGCGCCGGAGGAAGAGUGCACGACCUUCUUCAACCCGCUCACUACCAACAACCUAGAGAAACUUUGCACCGGGGACAAGUGUAAAUGCAUCCAAGCCACCUGUCCCACGGCACAAAGGAAAAUCGAUACUUCCAUUACUGCCAACGCCAGGAGAGAAGUCGCAUGCAAGGCCGAUGUUACUUAUGCGUACAAUGUUUUGGUGAUUUCCUCUGUGGAAGAUGGAGAUUUUAUUAAAUACACGGCAUCCAUUCAAGACAUAUAUAAGAAAGGUGGCGACUUUGUAAAGGCCAAAAAAGAAGUGAAGUUCAUUAAGAAGAAGACGUGCACAGACAUCGAGAUAGACCAAGGGGAGCACUACCUUAUCAUGGGAAAAGAAGGAAUUCAGAUCAGAAUUGGCUUUGAGUUCCUAUAUGAAUAUGCACUGGACUCAGACACGUGGGUGGAAUGGUGGCCCCCGGCCUGUAACACGGCAGCCUGUGAGCAGUUCAUAGACACUUUAUCGGAAUUCUCAGAUAAGAUGCUGUUUGAUCGCUGUUAGUUUGGCUCCCAUUCUGCACGUGGUAUAAAGAAAUCUUCUUGCUCAUGUGCCAGUGAGUGCAGGGAGGGGGCAGCCAUGACAGAACUGUUAGUGGCCCCCGUCUCACUAUCCCAAUGGCUCUGCUAAUAACAUGCCAACGUGCCAAGGCCCUGGAUUUUACUAAUUGUGCUGCACUACAUACUCUCCACACAAUACAUCAAAGGGUCUAAAGGGUUAAAGCCCCCUAUGUGGUUGUUAAUUAUACACUGUAUAUGUCCUAUGAGAAAUAAAGAACUAUAUACUAAA